CGUACCUGGGUUCGCGACGCGGGGUCCUGAAUCAAGGGUCCAAAAAAAAAAAUGAAAAAUGAACACGCGAGAUCACGGUGCCACAACACGGACGUGGUGGUUUUUAUUUCCUCAAGUUAUUUUUAUGGCUGGAUCGACUGCCGAGACCUGGUCGAUUAGAACUAAACAACGGCGUCCAUAUUGGGCAUUGUGUCUGCGCGUCUUAGGACGAGGGAAAGAGGUUAUCAGUGUUGCUCAUGAAGGGAUUCUAUUCCAUGUUGGUUUCAGGAGACAAUAUAAAGGUAAGGUAAUGGUGUAAGAAUGUCAACCUAUCAGUUCAUCGGUGUUUGUAUAUCUCAGAAAUGUAUUACGUAAUGACAGAUAAAGGAGGUAGAUUUAGUGUUAAAUCAUUAGUUAGAUUUGAAACAUAUAAAAGAUGGCACCUGUUUUCAACAUGUUCAUAUGAACAUAUAUGUGGUUAUGUACUUACUUCGUUGUGCUAUGGAUGACUUUGAGGUUUUGAAUUUAUUCUUCACUCCAACCCAAACGACCCCCUCAAUCCAACCCAAACGACCCCCUCAUUUUCACAAGUCUAACGAACCCUCCCCCUCCCAAUACCCCCUACCGACCGUACAAGCUUACCACACUUACCACACCCCAACACCAUUUAUCCCCAUCCCAACUCCAACCAUCCCCGGCUCAACACCACGGACACCCUUUCUAGCACAACCAACUCGCCUAUUCGAGGGAGGCUAUUCUACCCCCUUUCUCCCUACUCCGACCUGUACCUUGACUUAUCCGCAAUGUGUAACUCACAGCUAUUUAAGCUAUUGAUUCAGGUCACGGGUCAUUGAUUAGACGGGCGACUGAUUCCUUCAAUAACCAUGAGUCUAGUUUUAUUUAAAGGAGACCAUACCCUGGUGACAAACUCCACUACGACUUGUAGGUCUUUGUAAAAAUUUGGCUUAAAAAAUAAAUAAUAAAUAAAAACCUACUAGGGGAGAUUAUAAGUACAAGUAUAUUCCUUACAAUUAGUCAACUGUAAACAAUAUAAUAAAAAAAUAUGAUAAAAAAGUUUACUUUAACUAUAUCAAUACCCCCACCCACCCUCAGCCACGCUCAUCGUACAUUUUCUUUGCAGACUUAGUCCCAGCAUGUGAAGUUAAUUUUUGUAUGUAACCGUAGCCAACUUAUAUACUGGUAGAAAGGGAAAAGGCUGCAAUCAGAUUAGCAAAAAGGUAAAUGAGUAAGACAAAGUAUGGUCAAACCUGAAAAAAAGGAACGAAACAAAACAACUAACGGGUCGGCAGGAAGCCUUCGUCAGCGAACAAAUAACAGAAAAAAAGAAAAAAAAACAGAAAUACAUUUUUAAAAGCACUUUAGCUGAGAUUGUGCCAUCUCGGAUAGUAACUUUCUUUUUUUUAAAGCCUAGGAGACUACAGCAAUACGACGAGCCUUAAAACAAACUACGGUGCCGGUGGUAUUUUCGUUUGUUUGGUUUAUUUAUUUUUAAAAAUAAAAAAUGUGGGUGUUGUAUGUCAACAUUUACCUCAAAAUUUUGUGUUAUCACAAUAGGCAAUCGGGUAAUUGCAACAUUGAUUGGCCUUUGCGGUUUCAAAUCUCGAUCUCAAUGAGACUUCCUGAUUUUUUUCUUUCUUCUUUUAGAGGGUGCGUUCAUUGUUAACACUUAAAACUGCCAAUGCGUUGUCUGAGUUUAACCCUAAAUUUGCUGAUCGAUUGGAGUUGGCCUCAAUGGUGUAGUGGUUUCCAAGUUUCGGAUGUUUUCAUUGUUUAAAUUUUAAAAAAAAAAAAAAAAAAAAAUUCGUUCCUCCGCAAUGCCUUUGAAGUUGUUUCUUUCUAUCCAAUUCACCUAUAUCGACUUAUUUAGGGUAAAUCUAGUAACUGCCGACAGUAGUUAUGGUUAUAAGGGUGAUAGACUGCAAUCAGGUUGGCAAAAAAAAGGAAAUGAAUGAAACAAAGUAAUAGUCAAACCUGAAAAAAAGAACGCAACGAAACGACAAACGUGUCUGCAGGAAGCCUUCGUCAGCUAACAAACAACAGUAAAAACAGAACUAAAUUUAAAAAAUAACACUUAGCUGAAAUGUAGCAUCCGAGAGGGCAGUAAGAGAAAUGUGGUAGCUCUCAAUUCAUGUGUCCAAAUAUGAAUGCCUUAUUACUGAGAUUUUAUAGACACUAAAGCUUGUUUAGUCUAACGGAUCAUUUUCCUCGCAAGAAAAAAACAUUGACUCCAUGUACGAAAAGAUGUUUUGUACUUGUGGUAACUAAAUACAUGUUCUAGAAUCCCACAGAGACUAGACACAUUGCUAAAUUUUCCAGGACUAUGAAGAGCAAGUCAAAAAAUCGUAAAUUCCUGUGAAGUAAAAUGAUGAAAAACUUGUGCAAGGCUAGGAAAUUUAGUAAAUAUAUACGUGUAUACCCCUUUAUUUGUUAAUCUUCUCGUGUGUUGGGUUUCAAUAUUGUUUUUAAUUUUACAAAUGCAUGCGCGUUUUCAUGCCAAAAUAAAAAUAAAAAAUGUUUAAAGUUGUGUUGCAAAGCCAUGAAUUUUAGCUCAGAUAUGCCUAUCAGACAAGCAAGUCUGUGCAGUUAGUGUCUUUUUGUGCUUGCCUAAGACAUUUUCUCAUCCAUAAGAAAAAAAAUCGGAUGACUAUAUCUUGUACAUUUAUUUGUGCUAGCGUAUAUAAGCAGUUGAUUGGAUUUCCUGACCACAAUUUGUAUUUUGAGUGUAAACCAGCCCCCACCCCCUCACCCCACCUCCCACCCACACACACUAUUAGACAAAACUACUCUUUGGAAGUUGAAACUACAUUUUGGAGAGCUUAAAAAUACUCUGAUACUAACCCAGUAGUCAACAUAUCUGCUCUCUACAGAAAAAAUAAUAGGGAAAACUCGACAUCAAUCGAGUGUUUCAAGGCUGCCCUGGCACCCGCUAGGAACGGUUAGGAUAGCAGCAUCGUUUCCCCAAACCGUUGCACAUAUGCCAGUACAUGGAUGCAGCAACGUAGCCUAUCAGAAUCAGAAUUUGUGGGACAAACCUUCCAUGACGUUUAUUGAGACACGGUCUCAGCUUUAAUUUUAAAUUCAGUCAACCAGAUCUGAAGUAUCGAUUUUGAGAAUUAUUUGGUGCACAGGGUGGGGGGGGGAGAUGGCGAUUAUAGUAUGGAUUGGUCGGUAGGCCAUGGCCAAUUGCUUCAUCAGCAUCAACGCAGCGCGCUUUAACCACUCAUCUUAAGGCUGUAACAAUACAAUGACAGUUAAACCAACACAUUACCCAGACUUAGAAUUUGCAAGAAACGUGACCACGGGAUGGCUCUUAAGCGGCGACUCACGAAGAAUCACGUCCCCCGGGGCCGGGAACCACCUUCAUCUUCGUUAGUGUGGAACUCGGACCGACAAACUAACUUUUCUGGCGCGAAUUUGCCUAACUCGCAGCGCCACGUGAAACCUGACGACUGUGUGUACAAACUGGCCUGGUAAAUACCAACUAGGGAGCGCAUGGGCAGCUUAUUCUAGGGAAACGAUCCUGCCACCACGGACGACCGACUUCAACAGUUUCCAUCCGAACCGCUGCAGCAAACCAACCCCUACACUUGUACCUCGGGGCAUGUGAACAAGUCUCAUCCCACCAGUCUUAAUGUGUUCUGUACGCAGACACUCACCGAGCUCCAGUGAACGCCAAGCAUGGGCAUGGGAGGACAGGCAAAAACCCCUGUGCCACCUCUUCCCCUCGCGUGGGGCCCCAUUCCAUCCCGCCAGGAUUUCAUGCUCGGGUGGCAGUCAACCGGGGCAUGGGGCCAACCUUGCACAGGCCAUCUCUCGCAGCGAGCGUCAAGGGGGGGGGGAGGGGGGGGUUGCUACCCGGCACAGGACGAACCGAACAAAAGCACCGAAGAUGACACCGGCUUCUUCUGUGACCACCACCUCUCGACUGUCCUUAGGAAUAUGGAGAGCACGCUGUAUCUUAACCCUUCCAGUUUUGCCGUUGCUCCCAUUAUUUUAAAAACUAUUUCCUUUGCUCUUUUUGUUCUAGUUAGCAUUGACUUACUCUGCAGUUUGGGUUCAACUGACUCUGCCGUAUGUGUUUAACUGAAUCUGCAGUAUGUGUUUAACUGACUCUGCAGUAUGUGUUUAACUGACUCUGCAGUAUGUGUUUAACGGACUCUGCAGUAUGUGUUUAACGGACUCUGCAGUAUAUGCACUUUCAGACAUGGACUCAAGGUCAAGAUUUAAAGCUGGCAAGGGACGGAUACAGUUCCUUAGCCCGAUAAGGGAGGUAAGGCGACAGAAACUAUGCAUAACAAAUUUAUUUAUAUUGGGCUAUCUCCCUUAAUUUUAAACAAAUGUCGAAUGUAAGACCAUUUGGAGCAUAAUCUUUAAAAAGCUGUUUUGUUAAGGAACAAAGUAGAAUUCUUAAGUUUUUGUGUAAUAAAUUUACUAGAUAAUUACCGUAAUAUUUACAAUACAAUUAAUUUAGUAGCUGUUAUUGUACAGUAAUUGUUCACAUCUAUCCAUAUCUUGUGAAAAUUCAUUUUUUUUUUUGGUUGUUAUUUUCAUUGUUUUAAAGCAACACCUAUGUCGAUUCGUUUAAUGCCUUACCUUUUUUGCUUAGCAAAUCUUGUAAAAAUUAAUUUUAAAUAAUGAAAAUUAAAUGCAUUUUUUUAAAGGAUUGUGCAGUCUUAUUUUGAGAAGAUUUACGGAAAGUCCGUAAUAAAAUCUAAUUAAAACAAGAUUUGUCCGUAAAAAAAAAAAUCCUUUUAGAACGUCCGUUUAAAAAAAAUGAAAUAGGAAAAAAAAAAGGUAAUUGAAGCGAAUGAAAAUUGGAAAUGGAUUUUUUCCUUUACAUUUUCUUUGUACUACAAUUGAGUGAUCAUUAUCAGAAGUAGUUAAACAGUAAAGAUAAUAAGCAAACUAACGCAGUGAAAUAGGUCCAUGUCACAUGAUCAUAUCAUAUCAAACCAAAACGUUGUGACAUAGCCGUUUUUACAGAGAUGUCGGGGUGGGGGGGGGGGUGGGCUGGGUGGCAUAAUGACACAAAUUUUUAGAUUGUAUUAUGUUACCAAAAAAAUAAUGUUUUUCUUUUAAAUUUUAGAGAUUUUUUACAGAGAUGUCGGGGUGGGGGGGGGGGUGGGCUGGGUGGCAUAAUGACACAAAUUUUUAGAUUGUAUUAUGUUCACAAAAAAAUGAUGUUUGUCUUUUAAAUUUUAGAGAUUUAGAAUAUGUGUCUAUAAUAUUUAGGCUGAAAACCUGUCCCCCCACCCACCCCCACCACCCCCCACCCCCCCCCUUUUUUUUUCCCCGACUCUGAAUUCAAAUGCACACUCCUCGGUCAUGAGCCUAAACAGAGUAAUUUAGUCAGACCAUAAAAUAAAGUAGGCCGUUUUAUGGCAUAGGUGUAGGCCUAUUUUAGCGGACACUACUCUUGUCUCCCCCUUAUUUUGCUUUGAUGAUGAUGUCCUCGAAUAAAUGUGCUGUGCCAUGCCUUACCCACCCCUCCCUUGAUUUGAGAAAAAAAAGGUUGUAUACGUUCGAAUGCGUUCUUUUUUGUUUAAAAAAAAAUGCUACCAUUCAAUUGACGCAAUUUUCUAGAAUUUCUUUGCUUUCAUAUAAUUUCUCUACUACGUGAUGAUGGUUCUGAUUUAAGCCCUAUAUAUAUAUAUAUAUAUAUAUAUAUAUAUAUAUAUAUAUAUAUAUAUAUAUAUAUAUCUUUCUUUCUUAUAGUUUUUUAUAUAUUUUUUCUAUUAUGUGUUUAUUUUUCUUUUAUAUGCUAUAUAUAUAUAUAUAUAUAUAUAUAUAUAUAUAUAUAUAUAUAUAUAUAUAUAUAUAGGCCUGGCUGACGUAGAGAUUUUUGCUAAAUGUACUCACAUUUACGAUAUGUUGUAUCAUUGCAAGAUUAUACUCAUUGUACGUGUGUGUGUAAAUUAAUAUUUGCAUUUUCGAGGAUUGUAACUUUCCACUUGCUGUGCAGUCAGUUGAUUUUUUCCCCUCUUAUGUUUGAAUUUGUAUUUUACAGACAUUUAUUAGUAAAAUUAAAAUGAAUCUUAUUGGUAUCACUGGAUUUGGUAUCGUUUUCUUUGUACACUGGUUUUCAGGCUUCAGUUACGCCUUAUUCAUUCUACGAGCCAAAUCUUGAAACAGAUUAAAUUUUCAAAGACAUUAUAACGGUACUUAAGAUUCGAUAAUUAUAGGCCGUCUUAAGAUUUUUAAACUAAUAUUUUACAUUGUUUUAAUGCAUUUUUUUUUAAUAACGACUAUAUUUAAGGUGUCCGGCCUUGGUCCAGUACACGUCAUACCCUACGGUACCAAACUGAAGAAAGUCCCAGGCGUCCAUAGACCUCUGCUUGUACAAUCACUUCCGGUGGAAACAAAAGAAAGGCCUAAGCGAAUUACUUCCGGGUGAGCUGUUAAUGACUCUUAUGGGGAACUCUAAAUGGUGGAACGGUUUGCCUCAAUAUUCGAGAGAAAUUGAAAAUGAUAAAAAGUUAUUUAAGAAACAUUGAAAGACUUUUUUCUUUAAAUAGAUUUUAGGACAUAAGAGCGCUGUGAGCAUGCUUAACUAGCAUGAACACAAGAGCUCUAGAAGUACUCAAUCAUCUUAUCAUAAUUGUACAGAUUAUCAGGGUUCACAGACUCUCUUUUGAUUAUUUUUCGCAAAAUUUCCGAUUAGUCUUUAUACCUACGUUAUAUCGUUGUCACUUACAAAUUAUUAUUAUUUAUUUAUUUAUUCAACAGACCUGUAGAUAAAAUAGUGGCAGAAUAUCUCCAAUAUUCAAGAUACAUGAAUUUCCCGUCGUCCCACCUGGACGGCCUUCUCUGCUCGUGCUGCGCCGACAGAAACCGGGAGAGCCUCGAGAUACAGAAAUCCUCUCAGAGCGGCCAGAACACAUUCAGGAACUCAUCACUCCCUAAAGACCUACCAGAACAACACACUACACAGCCUUCAUUAACAACACAUCCGUCUCCCCGGCAAGUGACGUCCUACCGACCAUCACCACGUGACCCUUACUAUCAGGGCUACUCUCUAAACGACCCUUAUCUUUGGACAUAUCCCCAUCCCGAAAGAAGCCGACCAUUCAUUCGUGAGUCCAUCCUGAAACCGUUUUCCAGAAGGGCCUCCGCCCAGAGGGCCUACAUCAGGGGCCGUGUCGCGGAGGCCAACUCCAAGUACAACGAGAGCAUGCACAAACUUCAGGUUCAUUUCGAGAAAAACUUUUCCGUCCCAGAGGGUGCCGUGUAUUUGGGUAUUGACAAAAGAAACUGGCUGGAUGAUGAUUUGCUCUGAUUGCCUCUGUAUUUAUUUAUUGAUCAGAUUUGAUACGGGAUUUUUGUGUGUAAAACCUUACGAUGCAUUUGGUCUGUGAGCUGGCCAUGCUGUGCUUUUCUUUCUGAUUUACGGGUUUUUUGUCCUGCUAUAGAAUUGUGUUAUGACUUAAUUUGUCUAGAGAAAUAUAAGAAAAAGGACAGUUCAUUUUAAACCAUUUUAGGGAAACUGGUCUUUUAAUUCACGCACCGUGAGCGCAUGUUAUUUUAUGCGUUAGGUCAUUCCCGAAGGCAGAUUUUGUGUAUGUUACAAAGAUAAUAUAAUGAAGUUACGCAUACUCAUCAACAUAUUCAAUCCUUGAUCGAUUCAACAACAUUUGGUGAUCCCUUAUGCUCAGUUCACACGAUCAAAAUUUCGUCCAAUUUCCUUCUGAAUGCAAUUAUUUUGUUUUACUAUACAAUGCGUUCAAAAAGAAAUGAGACAAAAAAUUGACAAACAUUCGAUCGUGUGAAAUGAGCAUAAUUCUCCUCAAGAAGUUCAAUAACUCUCUGAUCCAUUUGUAUUUUCACUGUGGUGACAUGAAAGUUCUACGUUUGUUAUUGAUAUUGGUGACGCCAAUCCAUUCAUCUCAAGCUGCAAUGUGUUGACACACCAGCUGUAGUUGCUGAACAUCAACAAGCCAAUUUCAUCUCAAUCACGAGUGCUACCACAAUGCACUUGGUACACACUGAAAUUAAGUUUUGGGUGUAUGCAUCCUAAGAAGUACGAGAAUGGUCCGACCAAUUAUCGGGGAGUUUUUUUAUCGUGUGUGUGGUCAUAUCUUUGCGACUGCGGAUUUUUUUCCAGAUUUGACUUUUAAAAAAAUAAAAAAUUUAAUAACCUUAAAAUGACUGGCGUCAAUGUCUCUAUGAACUUGCCAAACAGUUUUGAAUAUGUUUUUAGUGCAAACGUUCCAGCUGUGGACAUCACAUAUAUUUUAAGUGCCAAAAAUACUCACCAAAAGACUCACGGCUUGUGAAAUUACGUCUUACCAAUAUCAACCGUUCUCUUAAUUUGAAUUCCUUCUUAUUUGCAGUUUUUGGAUUACUUUACAUUUAAAACUGAACAAAUAAAAUAUUUAAAAAAUAAUGUCAC